GGGGCUCUGUUUGUUUAUUACACUCACCACCUCUGUCUCUCUCCGUCCUCCUUCUCAAGGAUCAGUCUUUGUUCAACCUAAAAUUACAUAUCUGUGCCCUCUCAGCUGACCCAAUGUCAAAACGACCCGGAUCGCCGCCUCCGCCCCCAGGCGGCGCAGUCAUCAAGCGUGCUCGGUCUUCACCCAUGCCUUCUGACCAGCAACAGCUCGUCAUCUCGUCUGCGGGAGAGAAGGAACAGGGUCUUGUACGGACAGUGAAGCGCACGAGUGCGCUCGAGGCACCUAUCGUCAGCCUGAGUGGGUCACAUAGCGCAGAGAUCCUGAGCUGUCGCUUUGAUCCCUCGGGGCAGAAUAUAGUCGCGUGCUCGGCGGACCGCAGUGUCUCGCUGUGGAAGACGUACUCCCCGAAUACCAACUAUGGACUACUGUCCGCAAUGCACAAAGCGCCAAUUCUUGACGUGCACUUCAGCGCAGUGCACCCGUUGCUAUAUACCGCGUCUGCAGACCAUACGCUCGCGGUCGUAUCGCUCGCGUCGGGCGAGCGCGUGCGCAAGCUGCGCGCGCACCGCGGGAUCGUGAACAGCCUCGACAGGACUGUCAGCGGCGUUGCAGGUGGUGAGCUUAUCGCCUCCGGCAGCGACGACGGCACCGUGCGCGUCUGGGAGGGUGGUGACGAGGGAGACAAGGCGCCUGUCAAAGUCUGGCAGGUCGGAUGCCCUGUCACGGCCGUAUGUUGGAGUGCAGACGGCUCGGUGGUAUAUGCGGGUGCGGUGGACAACGAAAUUCAUGUACUGGAUAUCCGCUCGCCGUCAUCGGAGCUCCCCUCGCUGACGGGACAUACUGACACGCCAACGUCACUCGCAAUCUCGCCGAACGGUAACUUCCUGCUCUCGCCCUCGCUUUCGAGUCAGACACUCGUCCACGACAUCCGGCCGUUCUCGCCCACGCCAUCGCGCAUACAUCGUGUUCUUAUGGGAGCCCCAGCUGGCUUCGAGAACACACUCCUUCGUGGGGCAUGGAGCAGGGACGACGGAGGUAGGCGUGUCGGUGUCGGUGGAGCAGACCGCACGGUGUGUAUCUGGGACGUUGAGAGCGGGCAGGUGCAAUACAAGCUUCCUGGGCACAAAGGAACUGUCACCGCCGUCGACUUCCACCCUACGGAGCCCAUCAUUCUCACAGGAAGCAAAGAUGGCACUAUGCUACUUGGAGAGAUCGAGCCCAGUGUCAAAAUCUAGUGUAUCUGAUGCUAUCUGUACCGCUCACUCGCUUUCAAGGUUCUUUUCAUGUGCCCAACUUGAACUUACCUGCAGGACCGCUCUCCGCUUUGUUGGUUCUUCGCUGCUACCGUUUGAAAUCAGGCCUUAUCUUCAGAUGCAUGACUCGCGAAAAGCUCCAUAACGAUAGAAACUUCGUUGAUAUUCCAGCAGACGACCAUAGCAAACAUCCAUGUGUUUGCUCAUGUUAGGAUCGAAAGCUCUCGCCUUCCAUAAUGGGCUGAUGGCGACUAGAUCCAAGUCACGAAACAAGCUUUCUUGCAACGACAGAGUAUGUAUGCAGUUUCAUCACUAGUACCGAAUAGUAGAGGAUUACAAUUACUGAUAAUUCGCCGGUAUAGCAAUCAGCUGUGACAGUCCGGUUACGUUAGUCGAAUGCAUUCAGGACGGCUGCGCUAAACUUAGUCGCACGGCCGCCUCCUCCAGUAAGUGCGAUAUUGAGAGUAGGGAACUCCGUCGACCGAGUACCGCCGUUCAUCAGGGCCGCCAUAUAGGACGACGAAGUCACAUUCUGAGUCGCCGAUUGUGACAUUUUGGACAUUGUUGGGGUAGGCUUGCCACGCACUGAGAAACGUUCCAUCUCGACGAGAGGUUACAUAGUUGAGCUCUUGCGGACUGAGGGUCUGGUUUUGGCCGUUGCCGGCCAGACGGGUCACACUAGAAUACGAUACGCCAUGAGGUGUAUAAGAUAACGAAGCGGGCGUUUGAGAGCUGACGUAUGGUAGCGCGAGAUACGCGAGAAUUAGGGAGAAGAUAAGGACGAGGGCCGACGAGGUGGUCAUACAUGGGCGAUAGUCAGGGGAAAGCGAUGUGGAAAGGGAUAUCUCGAAUGAGGUCGAGCUAGAGCUUUAUCUAGGGUAAGGCUCCUCGACAAGAAUUGGCUCCAUCCCGAAGUAUUUGAACAUCACGCUUGGCGGCGGCUACGCAGUCGUCCUAGCUUCUGGUGCUUGGCACUCCGCGACUGUUGAGAGCAGGUACACU